UCCACUACCUGGUCAUUUUACUUUACUCUCACGCCAGGAAUCUGUGUUCUCCCUGCGGUGUGUGGUCUUCUUCCUUCCAUCCUAUGUUUACCCUGUACCCUUCUGGGUGACAAGCAAAGAGAGCAUGAUGAUCUCAAUGAAGGAAGAGGGAUAUGGGCUAAAAUCCUCACAUAAAUCUCUUGUUGAUCACUUGAAGAAAAAGCUUCAGAAUCCGAAACAAGAGUAUCCGUUAAUCCCUGAGCAGGACAUCUAUCAGUUCGAGCCUGAGGAUAACGUUCACAAGUAUGAUGACAUAUGUGGCAUUACAUCUGGUGAUGAGGAGUGCUACUACUUCUGCCCUUUCCGUGGUCGCAGUGGCAAAGUUAUCAGUAGGUCGACUCCGGAAGGGUUCUGGCAUUCCACUGGUAAGGGAAGGAAGGCCCAGGAAACCGAUCAGACAAAAUGGUCUCAGAGGAAUCUGGUCUAUUACCAUGGUAGUAAGCAGAAACGAGUCUCGACCGACUGGGCUAUGCAAGAAUACACUGUCGAAUCUGAUCCGAGCUUUAGCCUGUGUUACAUCCAUAAGAAGAGGAGAAACAAGAGAAGUAACAAGACCGACUCUGCUGUCCUGCAACCCAAUUACUUGGAUAAUGCCUGUAGACCACCUACGGGAUCUGAAAAUCAAAACAAACCUGAAGAAGUAACCCCAGAGGCAUCUGUGGAUAAGACUAUGGAGCAUCAAACUGGGACUCGCUUGUCAGAUAUGAAUGCAUCAGGGUAUAGUUCACCUUCUCCUCAGGAGGGGGCGUUACCCGCUCAACAGAGACUGUCGUUUCUUGCAGAUGCAGUAACUGAUUGUACGGAGUCACGGGUCUUGAGUGAUCCUCAAUUCCAUCAAAUGUACAUGGUGGAGCAAUCACCUUACCCUAACAAUGCAUCCUCUGAUACAGAUGCCCAACAGCAUGGCAGUUGGCAAUACCCUCUGUAUAUAACUGCUGAAUUGUACGACAAUGGAUCGCUCAAUCUCCUAUCUCCUCCCCAAUGUCAAUAUCCUCAGCAUGUCUUUGCUCAACCAUUCAAUUAUGGACCACCCAAUUUCCAAUCUCCUCCUCAGUAUCACCUUCAAGAUGUCUUUGCUCGAUCAUUCAAUGAUGAAUCAUCGAGUCUACUAUAUCCUCUUCAGCAUGUCCCCCUGUAUCCCCCUGAGUAUCAAAAUCCUCAGAAUGUCUUUACUCGGUCGAUGAAUCGCACACCACCUUGUAUACCAUCUCCUCCUCCGUAUCAACUGAUGAUGCCUAUGGAGGAGAUAUUCCCUUCUAUUGAUGACGGAUUUUCUAACAGCAGUGUUAGCAUUUCCCAAAUGGGUUAUUUUGGACAAGCUAGUGCUGAGAUGCGCUCUCUUUCCAUUGAUCAUGGACCUCAAGAAGUAAAUUUCCGGGCAUCUGUCAAUACGAAAAUGGAGUCGCAAAACCUGCCUCUAUCUUCCAACAUCAAUAUACCAGAGUAUAACAUGUCUUCUCCUCAGCAGACACAGAUAACUGCUGAGGGGAGAUCACCUACUGCUCAAGAUACAUAUUAUGACUCAUUGCAAUUAGCGGAUCUUGACAAUCCGCAAGACCCUCAGAUCCUCAUGAGGGAACAAUCCCCUUGUUCUGAGAACACAUUCGUUGGUGGAUGCGACCAAGAAUAUGGUAACUGGUCCUAUCAUUCGGAUGUUACUCCUGAAGAAGGUGGCAAUAAGUUUAUAUUUCCUCAAACUCCUAUUGAUCAAUCGCUAAAUUAUGUCUUACCGGGAUGUGGAUCUCCUCCUCAGCUUCCGCAUAUGAUGCCUACGGAGGAGAUAUACCCCUUUAAUGGUAAUGCAUCUUUUAACGGUAGAUGUAGUAGUAACAUAAAUUCUCAAUUGGAUAUUCAUGGACAAGGUGCUGAGUUGCCCAUGGUUUCCAUGAAUUGUGGACGUCAAGAAAAAAAUUUCAAGGAAGCUCAACAAUCCACCUUAAAUUUACAAACUCCUACUCCGUCACCAAAUUCCGAUUUACUUUCUCCUGAGGACCUGCAGAUGCUGCAGGAGUUGUUAUCAGUGCCCAACAUGCAACCUUCACCAGAUAGCUCUGGAGGAGGGAGUUCAAGUGCACUUUAUUUUGGUCAAAGCUGUGAUUCUCAGCAUACAGAUCUAGAGGUGACUCGAGGUUUUGCUAUUGAGUCACCACCAUCAACUCAAUAUUCGGAUCUGGACUCAAUGUUAGCUAAUUUUUUCGCUUCUUCUCCACCACCAGAGGUAGUAGUGGGAAAGAGUUUAUGUGGACAAGUUAGUACAGUUACUGGAGGAUAUAGCACAGAAUACUGUGGGGUGCCAUAUGCUUCAGGAGGUACUUACAAGACAAGCAAUCAUAUGUCUGCAGGGUGUUGAAAAUUAUGAAGCCCUCGGAACUUUGCAAGAGGAUGAUCUGUCUUACUUCAGGGCAUCUGUUCAAGCUACCCUGCAUCGAAAUUUUCCGACGUAAUCUUCAAGUUACAGCCUCUUAAGGCCACCGCUUCAAUCCUUUGCUAUCAAAAUCCCCAACUCAGCUAUCUAGUUUAUGCUGUUCAAGCAUUGUACGUAUCGAUGUAUAGGAUAGCGAAUCUAAAUUCAGUACUAUCCAAAAAAUAUUGGUUCUCAUACCGGGAGCUACAUCAGGAGGUAAUAUGGAGUUAGGUUAAGAAAGUUAUGUGAAAGACUCCUCUAUCCACAAUAAUUUUAUUGGUGGAUCAACAGAGGAGAGAGUACAUUGGAAGUAGACUUCAGGAGUUGUGUGAAUCAAGUGCUCCAAUCAUCGUGUGAUAGAUUGGUCAUUUGAUUUAGUGUUCAGGUGCCUGAGAUGUUAUCUACUUCCUACUACCGGAGGUUCCUUAGAGGAGAGACAGUAUAUCGAAAAUUGAACUUCAGGUGUUGUGUGAAUCAAGUGCCCCGAUCAUCGGGUUAUAGAUUGGUCAUUUGAUUAAGUGUUUAGAUGCCUGAGAUGUCUUCUACUUCCUACUAUGGGAGGUUCUAUAGAGGAGAGACGGUAUAUCGGAAAGUAGACUUUAGGGAUUGUGUGAAUCAAGUGCUCCGAUCGUGUUAUAGAUCGGUCAUUUGAUUUUAGUGUUCAGAUGCCUCAUAUGUCUUCUACUUCCUACUAUGGGACAUUGGAUUGUGCCUCAGUUGUAUUGAUGUAUUUCCUACUAUGGGACAUUCAGCUAUAUCUAUGGAUCUAGUUUGUAACUAAUUAAGGAGCCACCGCUGUAAUGUGGAUCUGCUUCUUUCUUCUUCUUUUUUUUCCCCUUAUUCAAACAGUAAAUAUUGCAGAAGCUUGUAUUUUUAUUUGAAUGAUGAAUUAUGGUUGCAGAUGUAACAGCAGGUUGUCUAAGUUUCAUAUUGAAAAUUAAUUGAAUUUAGCUUGUUUAUGCA